UGGGUAACUUGUAAAAGUAUUUUAUGAGUUAGUGUGUGUGUGUGUGUGGAUGUUUUUAUUUUCUUACAGAAAGUGAUAGAGAGAAUCCCACGCCUCCAAUCCCCAAUCACUUCUCAACUUUGCAACCUAACCCCCCCUCCCCUUUCUUCCUUCACCCAAUUAUUUUUAUUUUUCUAUUUCACUUACUAUCGUUUCUCAUCUCUUCCUCUCCUCCAUCUUCCUCUAAUUAUUACAAACCCCCCUCCCUCCUAAUUUUAUAUUUUUAUUCAAUUCCAUAUUUUUAUUCUUUUUUUUUUUUUUUUUUUGGAGAGUUUUGGCUAAGCUUAAGCUAUGGCGGAGGGUUUUGAAGUUUACGGCCAUGUCCCACAACAAAGCCGGAGAGACAAGCUUAGAAUUGGAAUUGGUAAUACUAUUUCUACUAAUCAAAUUCAUCAUAAUCAUCAUCAUCAUCAUCAUAAUAAUUUCUUCCCUUUAUAUCAUGAUCCUUCUUCUUUUUUUUCACCCGAUUUUGAUGAUUUUCAUCAAAACCCCUCCUCUAAUUUUCAACUUUUUCAUCAUAAUUACCCUUCCUCCGCCCUCCCUCCUCUCCCCUCCGACCAACAACCACCACCCUUAUCCCUUGACCUUAACCUCCAACACCGUUACGCCUCCUUUCGUUCCACUUCCCUUUUAAAAACCUCUAAAUUCUUCAAGCCAGCUCAGCAACUCCUCCAUGAUUUAUUUGAUUACGCCGCCCCUAACAUCUCCGACGACAAGCUCCUGCCGGAUUCCGCCGUUUUUGACUCCUUGGAAGGUGAUAUUCCCAUCGCCCCCGCGGCUGAUGAAACCCACACCACAAAAUCUAGGCUUAUUACCAUGCUUCACGAGGUUUAUAGAAGAUAUAAGCUAUACUAUCAGCAAAUGCAAGCAGUGGUUACGACAUUUGAGUACGCUGCAGGGCUUGGCAAUGCAGCUCCCUAUGCAAACUUAGCCAUAAAAGCCAUGUUUAAGCACUUCAGAUUCUUAAAAAAUGCCAUAGCCGACCAGCUCCAAUUCAACAAGCAACAGCAGCAGCAACCAAACCCUUAUUCUCAAAGAUCUAUUCACAACCACAGUCCCGGAUUUCUUGAUCACCAACCUGUCUGGCGCCCGCAGAGAGGCCUCCCCGAGAGCGCCGUCACCAUCCUCCGAGCUUGGCUCUUUGAGCACUUCCUUCAUCCUUAUCCUACGGAUACAGAUAAGCUCAUGUUGGCCAACCAGACUGGACUCUCGAGAAGUCAGGUAUCAAACUGGUUCAUCAAUGCAAGAGUGAGACUUUGGAAACCAAUGGUUGAAGAAAUCCAUAUGUUAGAAACAAGGCAAGCUCAAAAAUCUCAGCAAAAGGAAGACAAGAACAACAAUAACAACAAUAUUGAAAAUAAUAGUGCCUUAAACAACAUCAACAACAACAACGAUCCUCUUUCCUCCACAAAUGAAUCCUUACUAAAACCUCACCACAACAAUAAUGCAUCUUCUUCAAACCACCACCACCAUCCUUCUCUAGAUUUGUCCAACACCAAUUUCUUUCCCACCCACCACCCUCACGCCGCCCCCGGCAACAUUUCCUUAACUCUCGGCCUCCACCAGAACCACCCUGGCGGUAUCGCUCUCACGGAGCCAUUUCCCAUCAAUGCAGCUCAUCAUUUUAACCUUGGCUUAGAAGCCAACGGUGAAGGGUUUGUAAAUGAGUGGUUUUGAUUGAUGCAAAUCAUAAUAUAUGUGGAUGUUGGCUAACGAUGUUCAAUUUUGAACAUCAUGGGCAGCUAGCUAGGGUUAUUUAAUUCAGACAUAAUAUAUAUAAAUAUACUGACAAAUUUUGAGCUACUUUGUAAGAAUUAAUUUAUAUAAUCCGAGGUGAAAUUGGAGUUAUGUCACAUUUGUGUUUCUUUGUAAUAUUGAAUAUUACUUUGUCAUAAAGCUCUGAAUCUGCCUAUAGGCAACGUGUAUGUGUAUGUGUAUAUAUUAUAUAAAGUGUUUAUAUAUUA